CAUACACUCAUUUGUGUUUAUGAAAUCAUAUUCAGUCGUCAACGACACAACCCUUCACUGCGUUAACUGUGUCUUAUGCUCAAGCGUGAGGAAAUGUAUUUUCUUGAAAGGGUACUUGAACCUAAUGGAGAUGGAAGAAUAUCUACACAUGGAGGACAUAGACAAUACAUUCCGGCUUGAAUCAUCAACAAGCAAGGAGUGAUAUUGAUCGACCCCGGCUCCUACAUGAAGAACCUGGUGACGACCGACAUCUUAGAUAUAGCCCUUCCGCUCAGAAAGCACCAGCAGCAAAGCACUCUACGAUAAAUUAAAAGAACAAAAGCAUCGGAUGGUAUUCAAGAGAAUUCUAAGCAAGCAACAAAAAGCACUCGGGCUACUUACUAUACACUACUUGCAGAUCUUUAAAUUUCCACAAAAAAGCAGCAUAUAUUAUAGAACAACGAAAGCAUCUUUCCUUUCUCUUGCAUGUAUUGUA